CCUCGAGCAGUUUAUUUCGCAUUCGUCCGCGCCGCUCUGUCCCGUAUCGAUCGGUAGUGUGGUGGUGCCUUUGAGAAAACCUUUACAAUCGAAAGUGAAAAGUGAAAACGGUGGCAAAAUGAAAGCGAUUCUGCUCGUAACAUGUUGCAUCCUGGCCAGCGUCAAUGCGGCCCAAGCAAUCAAGUGCAUGCAGGGCACCGAGUCGGUCAAUCUGGCCGACACCGACAAACCGAAGGACAACGAAAAGACGCCCGAGUUCGUCGAGUGUGGUAUCCUCAAUACGGCAACCUCGGCCGCUGCCCUGUUGGUCCUGAAGCCCAACACGGCCACCUCUCCCUCGACGGAUUAUAAGUGCUUCCAUCUGCGUGCCGAAGAUUCGCAAACGAAGUGGGCCACCAUCGUCAAGGGAUGCAUCUACAAGGCCCAGAACGUGUGCGAUGGCAAGUUCAAGCUGGACACCAUGCGUGAAGUUUUCUGCAGCCAGUGCGAGCAGGACGAGUGCAACGGCGCAGUCAACUUGGCUGCCCCGUGGAAGAUUCUCAGUCUCACCGUUUUUGCCGUCGCAUUUUACUUGUUCAAGUAAACCGUAACAUACAUUUUGUGAAUCUCUUUUCAUAUUACUAUUGCCCUAUAUUAACAACACCCCGUCAGCAAUAAUAUACAUUGAAGGGUUACACAGGCUCACAGCAGUGUGCACCGGACCCCGGAUCGCGGAUUUUGAAAAAGGGGGAUGUUUUAAUUACCAAAUUACCAAAGAAUGAGCGGCCGUGGGCUCACAUACUCUCAGGAUACCGAAUGCCUUCCGCAGCCAGCAACACUUACUUCGCAAUAGAGAUCACACAACUCAUAUAUGCUCAGGACUCAGCAAUACAGCGUAUAUACAGCGCGCCGCUCAGUAACUGUACUUUUUCGAAACAAUUGAAUCGGUUAUUUGCAUUAGCAGUAGUGAUAGCUUUCUAGCACGUAGAUGACGGUCGAAUAAUGCCUUACGAAAACAUGUAGAACUGCGUUCUGUAAUCUCAACUGCUUUUUACUGAUAUUGGGCAUGCCUAUUGCAAGCGGUCUAGGUAUUAGAUAACCGAGGACAAGGAUUGCGCGCUUGCGGCUUUUUGCAUAAUAUUAUGUUGCGUAAAAUUAGCGACCCAAACCAAUAAAAACAAGCAUCUUUUGCCCCAGCGUUCCGUUAUGAAAGGAAGGCGUUUUUAUUCCCGAUAGUGGUGUUGCAUACUCAUAUGUUUGCUGCUUUUUGCUGAAUAGCUCAGUAAUUGUAACAAUCACGCGUCGAGACCAUCGAAUACAACCAAACACACACAGACACACACAUGGCGUGAAUUGUGUAGAGAGUGUUCCGCUGCCGCCACCAAAUGGGGCAGCUUAGAAAACAAUAAAGAGAAAAAUUGUUUGUCAUUAACAUGCCGCUCAGGCGCGCAUGAA